AUGAACCACUUCGCAGCAGUGUGCAAGGGUCAGGUGCCAAGAGUUAAGCAGUCUUGGCAGAAACCUAAAAGCCUGCAUCACGUAAAUGAACAGAGUGAUAAUUCUGAUGAAUCGGUGUAUUCGCUACGUCACAUCAACAGCACAGGUGGCAUAUUCAUGGUGCCAGUGAAGUACCAUGCAGCGGAAAGAACAGUUGUCAUGAAUUCUCAGCUUGAUACAGGUGCGACAUGCAGUGCCAUGUCGUACAGAGAUUUGACGAGAAUACUAGGGAACAAUAAACCAAUAUUGUUGCCCUCGACAGGCGAUAUCAAACUCUAUGAUGGUACAGUAGUAGUUCCAAGAGGAAGAUACACACUGCCGGUGUCACGUGAGAGAGGAGCUGAACAUAAAGUGACAUUCGAUAUUCUAGAGAAAGCACCAUGGCCCAUAUUCGAUGGGGCUACAUGUGUUAAAUACAAAUGGGUGUCCUUGAAGAGAGUAAACAUGACAAACUCGGAGAUAUUAACUAGAGAAGGGAUAGAGAGAGAGUACAGUGAUGUGUUCAAAGGAUUGGGGUGUCUACAGGGAGAAUAUCACAUUGAAAUAGACCCUGAGAUAAGACCAGUUCAACAUGCACCGCGGCGAGUGCCCGUACCUCUCAAGGACAGACUCAAGGACAAAAUAGACCAUAUGGAAAAGCAAGGGAUUAUUGCUAAGGUCACCAAGCCUACUGAGUGGAUAAGCAGCUUAGUAGCGGUACAAAGCCAGAAUAAGUUGAGGGUAUGUAUUGAUCCAAGGGACUUGAAUAAGGCGAAAACGUCCAAAAUACCGAUGCCGACUGUGGAAGAGAUCCUACCCAAGUUAGCCAAGGCUAAGGUAUUUACUGUGUUGGAUGCUAAAGAUGGAUUUUUCCAGGUGAAACUGGAUGAGCCAAGCUCCUAUCUUACGACCUUCUGGACACCUUUCGGUCGAUAUAGAUAUCUGAGAAUGCCUCAAGGCAUCAGUAGCGCUCCUGAAGAGUAUCAGCGACGUCAGGUCGAAGUUCUUGAUGGACUCCUUGGGGUAGAAGUUAUAGCUGAUGACAUACUGUGCUAUGGCAGUGGUGACACAAUGGCAGAAGCAGUGCAGACCAAUGAUCGCAAUCUGUUGAAUUUGCUUCAACGAGCACGUGAGGCAAAUUUUAAGGUUUAA